AUGGAUGAAUUCGUGAUUGUAGAUGUUGAUCGUGAUUCUGAAAUUCAGCAUUCUUCGAUUUCUCAGUUUGAUCGUGAUUUGGGUACUAGUGAUGAAAUUCUGUUUGAAGAAGCAACUAAAUCGGAGUUACUUUAUAAAGAUUUUAAUUCUGAACAAGAAGCUUAUGAUACUUAUAAUGACUAUGCUUUUAAGCAUGGUUUUGGUAUUAGAAUUGAUAAAAGUAAAUCUCAAAAUGAUGGCUCUUUGAAGAUGAAAAGAUUUGUUUGUUUCAAUGAAGGUUGGAAGGAUGAGAAGGCAAAGAAUAAAAGGGCUUAUGAGAGACUUGAUAUAAGAACUGGUUGUUUGGCUUUUAUUCAGUUUAAGAUUGAUCGUUUAGGUUUAUGGACAUGUACAAAGCAUUACAUGAAACAUAAUCAUCAUAUGAUUCUUCUUGAAAAGAGACAUUUGUUAAGGUCUCAAAGAAGGGUUUAUAAAGAAAAUUUGCAAUUCAUGUCUACAUUAAGGUGUAGUGGAGUUAAAAUUUCUGCAGCGUUGAGGGCAAUGAAGAAGGAUGUUGGUGGGUCUCCUAAUUUAGGAUUUACGGGAUCGGAUGCCUAUAACGCUUUAUCUGCUGAAAAACGAUCUUUACUUGAUGGUUGUGACAGUCAUCAAUUGAUCAAAUACUUUGCUAAAAGACAACUUGAUGAAGCUGAAUUUUACUAUGACUUUGAACAAGAUGAGGAUGGGUGUUUAGUUAACUUUUUUUGGCGUGAUGGUCGGAUGAAGAGAGAUUAUGAGUAUUUUGGAGAUUUGCUGGUUUUUGAAACCACGUAUAGGACAAAUAAAUAUGGAAUGAUUUGUGCUCUGUUUGUUGGUAUGAAUCAUCAUGCUAAUAACCUCGUGUUUGGUAUGGGUUUUAUUUUCAAUGAGUGA